GCUCCCAGGGUGGGUUUUGGAGUGUGGGUAUUUGUUUGAGAGAUUACAUCCCAGGCCUGCAGGGUUGUGCUUGGUGCUGUGUGGAAUGCGAAGAUGUACACAAUAUUAAUCUUACCCCCUGAGAGAUUUUAUUUGGGGUGAAUAGUCAUAUACAAAAUAGAAGGUACCGUCUGCCAAAAUCUAGUGUACAUAACGCGCUGCGGGGAUUCCGAGGGAGAGUCCAGUUAGGCUCAGAGGAGGUCGAUCACAUUCUAAAUGCUGGAGACAAAACAGGGAGCUGAAAUGCUGUCACUCUUGUGAUAGGGGCCAGCCAGCCGGUCAGCGAUGCUCUCUGCCUUGGACGCCUAGGGGUCCAAGGAGCUGUAGGAGAUAGAAACCAGCGCCAGCUGGAUGCCCGCCCUUCUCCCCCUUUGCGGGGGUUUAAAUGGCUGGUGGUGAAGGUGUGGGUGGAGGGCCCGGAUUGCGGCCUCGAGGGGCAGGCUGAAGGGGAUGCUGCUGACUCAUAGCGUGCCCUGGGGCCUAUCUUGAGGCCUGGGGGGAGGCGCCGGUCCUCUUGGGUCUGGGAAAGGGACGGUAGGGAGGGACCGUACGCAGCGCGCCGAGGUGGGAAACCUGCCGCCCGGCAGGCCCCGCCCCUUGCGCCGGGCCCCGCCCUGGAAUGAGGUCCCGCCCCCAAGCCACAAAGGCGGCCGGCGAAAGGGGGCGGGGCUUCCUCGGGAGGCGGAAGUCCCUUCUCGCCGUUGCCUCAGCAGCCCGCGAGCUGGAACCACCAGCUGCUUCAUCCCAUGGCCAAGGGUGGCGUCCAGGUGGCAGAGCAGCUAGGAACUCAAGGCCUGAACCUGGGGCCAGACACUCUGUACUCCCUGCCAUGGUCAAUGACCCACCAGUCCCUGCCUUACUGUGGGCCCAGGAGGUGGGCCACAUCUUGGCAGGUCGUGCCCGCAAGCUGCUGCUACAGUUUGGGGUGCUCUUCUGUACCAUCCUCCUCCUGCUCUGGGUAUCUGUCUUCCUCUAUGGCUCCUUCUACUAUUCCUACAUGCCCACAGUCAGCCACCUCAGCCCCGUGCAUUUCUACUACAGGACUGACUGUGAUUCCUCCACCUCCUUACUCUGCUCCUUCCCUGUUGCCAAUGUCUCGCUGGCUAAGGGUGGACGUGAUCGGGUGCUGAUGUAUGGACAGCCGUACCGCGUUACCUUAGAGCUUGAGCUUCCAGAGUCCCCUGUGAAUCAAGAUUUGGGCAUGUUCUUAGUCACCAUUUCAUGCUACACAAGAGGUGGCCGAAUCAUCUCUACUUCUUCGCGCUCCGUGAUGUUGCAUUACCGCUCAGACCUGCUCCAGAUGCUUGACACGCUGGUCUUCUCCAGCCUCCUGCUGUUUGGCUUUGCAGAGCAGAAGCAGCUCCUGGAGGUGGAGCUCUACUCGGAAUACAGGGAGAACUCGUACGUGCCGACCACCGGAGCGGUCAUCGAGAUCCACAGCAAGCGCAUCCAGAUGUACGGGGCCUACCUCCGCAUCCAUGCCCACUUCACCGGGCUCAGGUACCUGCUGUACAACUUCCCGAUGACCUGUGCCUUCAUAGGCGUCGCCAGCAACUUCACCUUCCUCAGCAUCAUCGUGCUCUUCAGCUACAUGCAGUGGGUGUGGGGGGGCAUCUGGCCCCGACACCGCUUCUCUUUGCAGGUCAACAUCCGGAAAAGAGACAGUUCCCGGAAGGCAGUGCAGCGAAGGAUCUCUGCCCAUCAUCCAGGGCCCCAAGGCCAGGAGGAGUCAACCCAGCUGUCAGACAUCACAGAGGACUGCGAGAGCCCUGAAGAUCCCCCGGGGGCAGAGGGUCAGCUCCCUGAGGAGGAGAAAGCAGACCAGCGGCCCUUGAAUGGAGAGGAGGAGCUGGAGCCAGAGGCCAGUGAUGGCUCCUGGGAAGAUGCGGCUUUGCUGACGGAGGCCAACCUGCCUGCCCCUGCCCCUGCCUCUGCCCCUGCCCCGGAGACUCUGGGCAGCUCUGAACCCUCUGUGGGCAAUCUCCGACAGCACCCCACCUGCUCUAGUUCCUGAAGAGAACAGGGCAGAGUCCUGACAUUCCAGUCCUUUCUCACCUGACCCCUUCCCCAAUAAACUAUUUUCAUGCCA